UUAAAACAUAUUCUUCAUUUUGGAUUUUGCCUUUUCGCAUUAACUAUAUGCGUUUUGUUAUUGAAUUUUAACUAUUUCUAUUUUAUACUUAGGGUUUAAUCUUGUUUAAAAAAUGAAUGUUCACGGGGCACCGUACAAGGUGAUCACUGAUCCGGAAAUCAUUCGGAAAAAAAAUGAAAUGCGAAACGCUAUAAAAACUGAAUACAUCAAGAACUUGUCCAAUCCGUUACGAAAUGCCAAAAUGGAAGGCGGUACUAUGUUCGACGAGGGAAUUCAACGUUUCAUGUCGAUGAAAGCCACUUCAAACGAAUUCUUUCGACCGACUACUAAGAACUCGGUUCUUGGAAUUUUGACUAUCAUCGUACCUUAUUGUGCUUUGACGUACUUCAUUAAAAAAGAACGUGACCGCCGUGAAAAUUUACUUAGAACUGGUCAAGUAGCGUACAAGGACAGAGGAUAUAAAUUUGCAUAAUUAUUUUCACCGUAUUAUAAUACCACAAUUAUAGAAUUGUUUUUUUUUUUUUUAGAAAUAUAAGAAAAAUGUAGAAAACAUCCAUUCACUUUUUUAAUACAAUAAAAUUGUAAUUUGUC